AUGCAGAUGCGGCGCCUCAUGCUGAUCGCCAGCUUGGCGACAAUGGCCAAGUGCCUGGACCAGGACAUGAGCGGGGAAGCGGAAGAAUGCAGGGCGAGCGAGAGAGGGAGAGGUGUAAGCAUCUUCUCUCCUCGGCUAUGGAGAUCGACAGGAGCAUGGUCGAUGCAGAGUGAGAUUCGUGAAACUUGCGCAACCGUCACAAGCUCCAGGAACCGCUCGAGGUGGGAAUGCACGUGGACGACUAAUCAAAGUCUUGCGGCUGUAGCAGAUAUGGUGUGGCUUUAUGCUGGCAUGUACAAUAGAGAGGAGCAUCAGGCAUCUCUUCCUCCAAAAGCUGCAGGGCAACAGUUUGCAGUCUUCGAAGGAGAGCCAAAGCACAAGCACUCCUUGUUCUGGUCGUGGGCAAAAAUAGGAAGAGGACAUCUCUUUGAUUUCGAGGUGUCGUGGAAGUUGUCUGCGCAUGUUCCCUCACUGUACUGCAGCUAUGCGGACUGGAAGGAUCUGUACCGCCCACCGCCUCACGAAUGGUCCACUGAAGCACUAGUGUCUGCUUUCAUUUCCAAUGCUGCAGCAUCGUGGGAGCGAACCAGAUUUCUGAGAGAGCUCAUGGAUCUUGUGCCUGUCAAGUCAUUCGGCAGGGUUCUCAACAAUGCCAUCUCUCCUCCAGGCACAGAGGGAAAGGUCAAGUCCAUGAGACAAUACAAGUUCGCACUUGUCCUAGAGAACGAAGUCGACAACGAUUACGUCUCUGAGAAGAUUUACGAAGCCAUGAUGGCUGGAGUACUACCCAUCUACAAAGGAGCGCCAAACGUGCAUAAAUUCCUCCCAUGCUCGCACUGUGUUCUGCUCCUGGACAAUUUUAAUUCCGUGCAGCACUUGGCUCAAGAGCUUCGCAGACUUGACCAAGACGGCGCUGCUUUCAUGGAAUAUUUCCGAUGGAAGAAGGAAAGUUAA